GUGUCAAGAAUCAAGUCUCCCUUCUUAAACAGGAGAUUACUGCUCACAGUCACAUCUGUAUGUUUCUCCCAAAAUUCCAUUUACUGGGGUUUUGUUAAGUAUAGGUAUUGUGAGGUUUAUAAGGAGAGGUUUGAUGAUACAAAAAAGCAUGCACGUAAAUGCCUCAACAAUUGUCCUAUUGAGGUCAUUCGUCACUUCUUUAAUUGCUUAUGGCAUUUUAUAGAUGCAUAUCAUAGGGGGUUGACCAAAAAGGUGGUGGAAUGA